AUGGAAUCCAAGGCAGAGACAAGUCAAAAGGAAGAACUGUAUGAUGAAGUAUACUUUGAUUCUGAUCAAGACUCAGACCAAGAAGAGACAGUAGGCUUUGGCUUACCGGGACAAUCAAAGAACAAACAAGAGCCUAGAACAAAGCAAAAGGUGAUAAGCAAUGACGAGCUACUGUAUGAUCCAGACAUGGACGAUAAAGACGAGGAAUGGGUAGCUAAACAAAUCAAUGACGAUUCCAUGCGAUCCAACGAAGAAGGGCCUUUAGAUGAUAAAACGGAUGCGAUAUUAUCAUGCCCCAUGUGCUUUACUACGUUAUGCUACAGCUGUCAGAGACAUGAAAAGUACGCAGAUCAAUUUAGAGCCAUGUUUGUGCGCAACUGUCAUACAGUGCCAGGAGAAAGAUACAAGAUGAAGGGAGACAACGAUAGCGAUGAAUACUUUUAUAAGGUUAUCUGUGAUACAUGUGGUAUUCAAGUGGCAAUGCUGGAUGAAGAUGAAGUAUACCAUUUUUUCAACGUGGUAGCAGCAUCAGCAUAG